AACAUUUUAUUAAUUAGUUUUAAAUGAAAUAAUAAUGAAGUGCACAAUCCCGGAAAUUUCAUGGCAUAAUCGCGAUCCUGUUUUAUCAAUUGAUUUACAGCCAACCAUCGCGAAUAAUGAAUUUAAAAGAUUGGCUACUGGUGGAACCGACUCUCAUGUUCUGAUAUGGUAUAUUCAAACAACCGUUGAUGGUUUGGCAACUGUUGAAAUAGCAGCUGAUCUUACUAGACAUGAGAAAGCAGUUAAUGUAGUGAGAUGGAGUCCAUCUGGGGAAUAUCUCGCAUCUGGUGAUGAUGAUAAUAUAAUUAUGAUUUGGAAACAGAGAACUGAUGCAGAUCCACCUUCUUUAGAAGAAGAUAACGAAGCUGAUAAAGAGAUUUGGUCUUCUAUUAAGGUUUUGAGAGGACAUCUUCAAGAUGUGUAUGAUAUUUGCUGGUCUCCAGAUUCAUUAUUUCUUAUAAGUGGAUCAGUUGAUAAUACUGCAAUUUUGUGGGAUUUAAACAAAGGGAAAUCAUUAGGAAUAUUGGAUGAUCAAAAAAAUUUUGUACAGGGUGUUGCUUGGGAUCCUGAUAACAAAUAUGUAGCGACAAUGAGUAGUGAUCGAACAUGUAGAGUGUAUGAUAUUAAAACAAAGAAGGUUGUUAGUCGAAGUUCUAAGGGUAAAGCUGAGGGUGAGAAUAAUAUGUGUCCAAGAAUUUAUCAUGAUGACACUCUACAAAGUUUUUUUAGAAGAUUAUGUUUUUCACCAGACGGUUUACUUCUGGUUGUACCUUCCGGUGCAAUAGAAAAAGAAGGAGGGAAAGUUCUUAAUACUACCUACAUAUAUAGCAGAUUCUCCUUAAAAAUACCUAUCGUCACCCUACCCUCGAAAGAAUAUUCUAUAGCUGCAAAGUUCUGUCCUUUAUUAUUUUGUUUACGUCACAAAACUCCAGUUAUACCUUUACCUUAUCGUAUGAUUAUAGCGGUUGCCACUCGCAGCUCAGUCAUAUUAUAUGAUACAGAACAAUCAACACCUUUUGCUGUGAUUUCAAAUAUUCAUUACACAAGGUUAACUGACAUAUCUUGGUCUAGUGAUGGAAAAAUUUUGGCUGUUUCUAGUACAGAUGGUUUCUGCUCUAUUAUAACAUUUUCAAGUGAUGAGCUAGGUGAGAUCUACAAAGUUGAAAAGAAUUCAGAAAAUAAUAACAAAGAAACCGAAAAAAGCGCAAAAAUUAAUUUACAUGUACUUGAUGAAUCUGCAAUGGAUUGCACAGAAGGUACUGAAGCAUUGAAUGAUGAAUCACAAGAUGAAAUAAGAUUAGUAAUUGAAGAUUCACAAAUUGAUGGAGAGGAUAUAGUUCCAUCAACUCAGCAACAGAAACAAAUCUGUGCAGACAUUGAAAGUGAAAAAGACUCACAUAAUGAUCCUACACAGAAAACUGAUAUUAAAGAUGACAUAAAAGAAACAGCACCUUUAAAGAAGGAUUCAGUCACAAAAGAUGAUAAGCCAGUAACAGUUAAAACGCCAAGAAGGGUUUCACUGAUUACCUUGUCCAGCCCUAAAUCUUCCAAAAUAAAAACGAAAGAAUGAGACUUGUCAUAAUUUUUAAUAA